AAUCCAACUUGCUCUAUUUUUAUCGUCUGCCUGUUCUGUCAGAGCGGUUCUAUGUUCUGUCUCCUGUCUGCGGGUCUAUUCUUAGUCUGUCUGAGGCGUCCACAGCCGUGCAGAGCUGCUGCUCCGGUUCAGGAAGUCUGCGACCGAGUCCAAACGCAGAGAGACAGGCAGGAAGAGAGACACGCCGCUGGUGAGACAGGAACCAGAGGGAAGGUCCAGCUGAGUCUGCGGGUCCGAGUCGAGCAUGGACACGAGUCACAACCCAGAUGAACUAAAUCAUCUGUCUGCAGAAUAAGGAUUUACUUAGUUUGACGGGAACGCCUGAAUCCAGCUCCGGAAGCGGGAUUUUUGUGGAUGUAACGCAGCUGCUGGUCCCGCUGGAUCAGGAUUAUGGUGGACGAUUCUCCGUCUGACCAUCAAAAUGCAGAAAUGUAAAGUUCUCUGUUUCUUCUGCUGCCUUUGCUCCGGCUUGCUGCUCCAGGGUGUGGCGGGAGCAGCUCCCCCUGAGGACUCUGUCUCCUGCAGCUUCUCCGUGUCUGAAAUGGCCUCGGGUCUGGACUCCGUCUCUCUGACUCUCACAACUCCAGAACAGAACUGCUCUUUCGCGGCGGCGCUGGACACUGGAGGAGACGCGGUGGAGUGUAGAAGAAGAGAGACGAACGGGACCGACGACAGACCAGAGCAGAAUGGGUGGAGACCCUCCCGGCAGCUGUUUGAUGGAGGAAACAGCAGCGAGGCAGAGCUUUUCACCUGUGUGCUGGAUCACCUGGAACCUGGAACCUCCUACCAGCUGCAGGUCUGGUCUCAGGAUCACGGCCAGUUGGGGAAUGUCACCGUGCACACCAAACCGUCCGCCGUGGUCGGCCUGGGGGUGACCUUCAGAACCUGCAUCAGCCUGGGCCUUUCCUGGCAGGCCGGACCCGGCAGGACGCAGCGUUUCCAGCUGCAGCUGAGGGACGCGUCGGGUCCGGUGAGGAACGAGACGCUAGACAGCACGACAACGCAGCACACGCUCGUCGGCCUGACACCAGGGCGGCGAUACAGCAUCACCGUGGUAACAGAGGCUGGCCAGCUGCAGAACGGAAGGAUGAUAGAGGCUCAGACAGCGCCCUCUGCUGUUUCCAACAUCACUGCAAGCAGCAGAAGCAGCAGCAGCCUCACGUUGUCAUGGCAACAGCCUGAAGGGGACGUGGACGCACUCCUUGUCACCUUCUCCUCCAACCAAACCAUCAUCCAGGAGACAACUCUCCCACGGGAUGCUGUCAGCUUCUCCGCCCACCAGCUGACACCCGGCUCAGCCUAUCAGGUCGUCGUGACGUCCAGGAGUGGCGGACUGACAAACCAAUCAGAAGUCACUGUCAGGACAGCUCCGACUCCGGCGUCUCUCCUUUCCUUGUCUCCUUCCUCCUUCGGCGACCUCCUUCUGACUUGGUCGCCCCCUGCUGGUCGAUGGGAGAAGUACAGGCUGUUCCUGUUCGAUGGCGCCCAGCAGAUAGUCAGUACCGUUUUAGGCCGCGAUGCCCUAAACUUCAGCUUUCCUGGGACGAGUCUAACACCUGGAAAACAGUACCGAGCGGUGGUGAGAGUGGAAAGUGGAGGACUGGUGGCUGAAAGCAGCUGUGAUGGAUCAACAGCUCCUGCUCCGGUGCUCGAUCUCCACAUCCGACACUCGGAUGAGACGUCACUCAGCGCCAUGUGGAGCCACGCCCAUUCUGGGUCACGUGACAGCUACUUUCUCUCCAUUCACAGCGGUAACGAAACAGUGGACACAAGAGAGGUGGGGCCAAACAUGAGGGAGUGUACAUUCAAUGUGCUCACACCUGGGAGGAGGUACAACAUCACCGUGACAACCAGGAGUGGGAAGCUGAACACCUCUGUGUCUGUGGAGGGGAGGACAGUUCCGAUGGCGUUGCGGAUGCUCCACCUGAGCACGCUGGGCGCUGACGGCCUGCAGGCUUCGUGGGAAAAGCCACCAGGAGACGUGGACGAGUACACGCUGAUGCUGCUGCAGGACAGCUCUGUUGUCCAGAACCACCGUGUUCCUGCAGGUUCCUCCUCUCUGGUUCUGGCCGGUUUGACCCCCGGUGCCCUCUACAGGCUGCAGGCCACCACCGUCAGUGGAGAGCUGUGGUCCAAGCCCAUUGGUCUGGAGGCCCGCACAGUCCCAGCCGCCGUUUCCGAGGUAACGGUCUCUAACGGUGGCAGGUCUGAUGCUCUGCAUGUGUCAUGGCGUUCUGCCGAGGGUGUGGUGGAUAGCUACCUGGUCCGUCUGCAGGAUGGGAGACGCACCGUCCACACGCUGGCGGUGUCCAGCAGCUCUCCCCCUGAGUGCUCCUUCAGCUCGCUGGUGGCAGGACGCCUUUACUCGGUCGUCAUAGUAACGAGAAGUGGCGGGCUGGAAAACACAACGGUGGUCCAGGCCCGAACACAACCUGCAACCGUUCAGAACCCAACAGCUGUUCACGCCGCGCGAGACGACUUCCUCAAGGUCUACUGGCGUCACGCUGCUGGAGAUCUGGACCGCUACGUGGUUCUGAUCCGCUACAACCACACCGUCCUGCAGAACAAGAGCGUCUCAGCCGGACACAACGAGUGCGCCUUCUCGUCUCUGACACCGGGACGGCUCUACGCCGUCACCGUGGAAACCUGGAGCGGCGGUGAUGUCAGCAGCGUCUCCACUGCCGGUCGAACCCUUCCUGCAGCUGUCGGCAACCUGUUGCUAAGCAACGCUGGAACAGCUGAUCUAAAUGUCACCUGGAGCCCCGCCCCCGGGGACCUGGACCACUACGAAGUGACGCUGCUCUUCAACGACACCCGGGUCUUCCCCCCCGUCGUGGUGGGCAGCAACGUGAGACACCACCUGCUGACCUCCCUGACCCCUGGACGCCUCUACAAGGUCGUGGUGUCCACGUUCAGCGGGUCAUACCAGACGGCCCAGUUCACCGAGGGACGGACCGUUCCCAGUGCUGUUGGAAACCUGCGCCUGGUUCCCCAACCUGGACUGACCGACUCUGUUGGUGGACUGUCGGUGUCCUGGACUCCUGGAGUUGGUGACCUGGACCUGUACAUCGUGUCCCUGUCCACCAUGGACGGAGUUGACGUGGACACUCGUCCCGUACCCAAACACGUGUCCUCCCUAGACUUCUUAGAUUUGAUUCCUGGCCACGCCUACACGGUCACCAUCCAAUCACUGAGCGGGACACUGACCAAUAGCAACACGGCGGCAGGCCGGACCGCUCCAGCCUCGGUCACGGCGCUGCAGGCCGACAACGGACGCACCACCCACAGCCUCUCCGUCAGCUGGGAGCGGCCACUGGGUGUCUAUGAUGGCUACCGCCUGCAGCUGCUGGACGGAGCCGGUGCUGUUCUGGUGAACCGGUCCGUCUCAGCAGAGAGUCGGAGCGAGCGUCUGGAGGGCCUGACCUCUGGGAGGUGGUACCGGGUGAAGGUGGUGACGCUGAGCGGCGGAGUGCCGUCGCUGUUCGCCACCACAGCAGAAGGACAAACUCGUCCAGCUGCAGUCAGGAAUCUGACAGUCUCCUCGGAGAACACCACAUCGCUCAGCUUCUCCUGGCUUCCCUCAGAAGGACACGUGGACAUCUAUGACCUAUCGCUCUACAGCGUCUCAGAGACAUCCACCAAUCACAGAGCUGCAGGGAGCAGGACGGCGCACCAGCAGCCUGCAGGUGAUCUGGUGGACCUGCAGAAGGUCAGUCCAGCUGCAGACAGCUGUGUGUUCUCCGGCCUGCGAGCAGGAAGUCUGUAUCGGCUGGUGGUGGUGAGCUGGAGUCGAAACAUGAGCAGCGACUCGUCUGUUCUGGCCAGAACCGUCCCGUCUCCGGUGUCCUCGCUGCAGGUCCAGAGUUCAGGACGCACGGACAGACUGACAGUCAGCUGGCAGCGCGGAGAGGGAAGCUGCAGCAGCUUCCAGGUGGUAUUGUACGAUGUGUUUGGAGCCACUUUGGGAACUCAAAUUCUGGGGGUGGAGCACCAAAGUCACACCUUCUCUGGCCUGGUCCCUGGUAGGCUGCACCGCGCUGAGGUCACCACCUACAGUGGAGAUCUGACCAAUAACGUCUCAGCGUACGGACGCACCUCUCCAGAACCCCCCACCCACCUGUCCGUCAAACAAGGCCCAACCAAUGACACGUUGGAGUUGUUGUGGUCAGGCCCCGCCUCUGGAGAUUACAAUAAUUUUAGCCUGCAGUGGACGCCACUGGGUGACCUGUCCAUCACACACACUCACCUGACCAGCUGCGUCAUCAGAGGGCUGUUUCCUGGACGAAACUACAAAUUCGCUGUGACGACUGUCAGCGGGGGUGGAGCCAAUGGCGGUCCCACAGUCAGGAGCCUGCCAAUCGAGAGGAGUGUCAGAACAAGUCCGUCUCCUCUGAAGUCCAUCCACUGCUUCCCCCAGUCCUCUUCCUCCCUCUCCUGCUCCUGGGCGCCUCCCUUCGCCGACUUCGACUCCUAUCAGGUGGAGUGUCGUCGCACCGACAGCGGGGAGCUGACCUCGGUGCUGAAGCUGGCCAGCGGCGUCACCGCGGUAACGCUGGACCACCUGGAGGCCUUCAGGAAUUAUUCAGUGACAAUCAGAGUGUCAUCGGCUGGACUGAUGAGUCUGCCGGCUACUCAGACCACCGUCACGCUGAUCGAUCGUCCACCCAUCCCACCUCCCAGCAUUCGUGUUGGCGAUAAAUCUUCCAAAGUCACGUCGUCCUCCAUCUUGUUUCGCUUCAACUGUUCCUGGUUCAGUGACACCAAUGGAGCCAUCAAGUACUUCGCUGUGAUUGUCGCCGAGUCUGACACCAAUGAGUUUCUGCAGCCGGAGCAGCGCCACCCACUACCCUCCUACCGCGACUACAUCACCAACUCCUCCAUCAGGGCGUACCAGACAGACUACUUCUCUAGCCGCUGCCCACAGGAUGCCGACACCUCCUUUGGACAGGUGGUGGAGGUGAACCUGGGUGCAGGAGGAGAUAGGCUGGGCGGAGCUUGUGAUCGUUACCAUGACGAUGACCUUUACCAGAGGGAGAGCUACGGACGCUUCUGUGACGGGCCGCUGAGAGCUAAAACGUCUUACAGGCUGAGCAUCCGGGCCUUCACCAAACUGUUCGAGAGCAACAGGGAGGUCUCUCAGCCCCUGUUCUCAGACACGUACCUGUCUCCGCCCCUCAGGACGCACUCAGAGCCUCUAGGGGGCGUAGUGGAGGGUCUGAGUGCUGGGAUGUUCCUGAUCGGGAUGAUGGUGGCCGUUGUCUCUCUGCUGGCUUACCGACAGAGGCUGCGCAAAGUGGCGGUGCAGGAGAACCCGGUGGUGAGGAUGAGCAUGUGGAAGGAGGUUCCUGCCGCAGGGAUGUAUGUGGGAGUGAGAAGUAACCGCCGCGUCACCAGCCCCGUCAAAGCCGGACAUUUCGAGUCCCACCUGAACAAACUCCAGGCCGACUCCAACUACCUGCUGUCGGAGGAGUUUGAGGAGCUGAAGGACGUGGGUCGGAACCAGACCAUGGAGGUGGCCCGGCUGCCGGAGAACCGGGGGAAGAACCGCUACAACAACAUCCUGCCAUACGAUUCCACCAGAGUGAAGCUGUCCUACCUGGAGGAUGAACCAUGCUCCGACUACAUCAACGCCAGCUACAUGCCCGGUAACAACUAUCGCAGGGAGUACAUCGCCACCCAGGGUCCGUUACCAGGGACUAAAGACGACUUCUGGAGGAUGGUGUGGGAACAUGGUGUCAGUAACGUUGUCAUGGUGACGCAGUGCAUGGAGAAAGGACGGGUGAAGUGUGACCAGUACUGGCCCCCAGACAAAGAGCCACUGUACUACGGAGACCUGGUUCUUCAGAUGAUGUCAGAGUCCGUCCUGCCUGAGUGGACCAUCAGGGAGUUCAGGAUCACCUCGGAGAGCAGCUGCAGCUACCCACGGGUUCUGCGUCUUUUCCACUACACCGUGUGGCCCGACCACGGAGUCCCAGAGAGCACCCAGUCCCUGAUCCAGUUUGUCAGGACAGUCCGGGACUACGUGGACCGAUCACCCAGUACCGGAGCCACCGUGGUCCACUGCAGUGCUGGAGUCGGUCGCACUGGGACCUUCAUCGCUCUGGACCGGGUUCUGCAGCAGCUGGACUCCAAAGGAACCAUCGACCUGUACGGCACUGUGUUCGAUCUCCGUCUGCACCGUCAGCACAUGGUCCAAACCGAGUGUCAGUACGCCUUCCUGCACCAGUGCGUUCGGGACGUCCUAAGAGCUAGAAAGCAUCGCAGCGAGCAGGAGAACCCUCUGUACCCGAUCUACGAGAACUUCAACCCCGAGUACUGCCGUGAUUUUAUCUACACUGGACGUUAAACAGACGAGUUCAGCCAAUCAGGAGAGAGGACGGUUGUCAACAAACACAAACAAGCAUGUUGCUUCCUUUUCAAUCGAUAAACCAACAAAAGAAUCCGAUUUCAUUUAAGGUUUUUCCUUCAGACAAAACUCACACAGAGUUCUCAUCAGCAUCAGCAAAGCCCAGGAGGUUGGUUACCAUAGUAACCAGGGAUGUUUACUUCAGGCUUUACUGAGUUAGUGGUGAUUCCUGGAACAUCCUGGCUGACUUCUAUAAUGCUCCUUUAUAUUCCUACAAACAGGAAACAAACCAUAUAUGGUAACUUGAGAAAGUCUUGGUCAUCUAGCACCAGCGUAGGGUGGAAGGAAAUCAGAACCGUGAAGCCGAAGGACGAAACACCACAGUUACUAUGGAAACCAGCUCUUCACGGGGAAGAACACCGGUCAGAGGUGACAGAGACUGUGUCCACAUCCAGAGGCGGCAUCCUUAUGAGGUUGAGUCCUACCAGGUUUACGUAGGCCGGGUCCUUCCUCCAUCAACAAGGUCGGAAGUGAGUGAGCUUCCAGUUUAUUCCCGCCCCUACCUCAGCAUAUGUGCUGUCACCUAGCAACGGUGAUGGUGCCAAACAGAAGUUGACAGCAAACUUGGCGGUAUGACGACCAUAACGGGACCCGUCCUACGAGCUGGGUUACCAGGACUUCACUGAUUAUUUACUACUAAAUAUAUAUUUAAACACAAAUAUAAAAGUGACCCAAAAACACACUGGCAUUGAUUCACUCCGUCACUGCCAGCCGUUCCGGAUCAGAAAAGCCCUGGCUGCCGGCUUUUGGAGCGUUUUUCCUGUUUUUUGAAGAGUCACAGAACGUUGUGCUCAAUAAUCACGUAAACACCAAAACGAGACUCACUUCUUACAUCAGGAAGAAUCUGCGUGUUUCUAGCUUUUCCGUUGUCGAAGUGUGAGCUGCAGAAGCUUUCCUGGUUCGCGUCUCGCUUUAGGCGUAGCGGCGUCCUAAAACCAUCUCCUAAUGCAUGUGUUGUCUGCUUCAUGAUCACGUGAUGUGUGACACACAUGGAUGAAAAUCAACUUCAGAGCCAAGAUGUUUACUCUCAAGGUGUGCGAGCUCGUUGCCCAGCCUGCCUCGUUAAAAAAACACAUCUUUAGUCAUCAACGGCAGUGACUAAGUUAACUAAUCCUCUCCCACAUCAUUACAUGAACAAAGAAUCCUAGAAUGAGCUGGGCCAGUAGGACACACCAGACCCAUCCUCACCAAUCUGGAGAACAAGGACGCAUUGAAGGUGUCCUUUGAAUUUGGACGGCCUUGCUGUGACGUAAUCGGCCUUGGAAGGAUGCCGCUCUUGGAUUGGGACGCAGCCAUACUCUGCAUCCAGGGAAGUGCACACAGUAAUGAACCCUUCGGAUCAGAACUCAGGUCAGGUUUCUCUUCAGGUCAGUACCGUCAUCCGACCAGGCUCCUCACAACCAAGAUAUCUGUUUUUGUUAUUGUCUGGGAAAAUAGUUGUUCAAGUCAGGUUCUUUAUGACGGACUCUAGUCCAAUUCACAGACGUAGAAGUAGUAAUGAACACAGUCUAACACGCUGAGGCACAAGAGACGAAUAAUCAUGAUAAACAAAUGAGACAAUAAUGACAAUAGUGUGAAAAUAAAGUAUAAAUUAUUGUAACUCCCUAAUCUAAGAGGAAACGACUGUUAUAGCAGUGCUUCCACAUCUUUGACCGGCAACGUGUUGCACUGGCACGGGUAUUGGUUUGGGAUAGAACAAUCACAACAGCUUGUAGGGUGCUCAACAGCGGUUCCACAAAAAUAAACUACCAAUGAUGAACAAGAGUCUGCUUCUAGAUCUGCAGUAAGAGAAAAACAACACACAACAAUCACACCAUAAUAAGCCACAGUGCAUUUAGUGCCGACCACAGCCUUAAGACACGUGUUGAACGUGCCCAAGUCCAUACUUAUGAGAGCACCAUGUGAGCACCUGUGUGUGCACACGCGCUUGUUUAUGUAAGGUUUCUCUAUAGGAGCGUCCAAUAGAGAGUGUGAGGGACCACAGAUCCGCCCCCCAAAGAUGUGUAGCAGCACAAAAAGUCCCAGGAGAGGGCAGGAGUCCAAGACCCCACCUGACAUAUACAGUCAUACACAAACACAGUCGCACACUCCCUCCGUCACGCUCACACACACACAUGCAACCAAAGACUUACAAAAAUGCACUCCAGACACCCACUCAUGCUCCCCAUACACACCCUAUUCACUCUGGUCCCGGUCCUGCUGCACAUCACCGGUUCCCAGAGUUCAACCCUUCCUGCUGGGGUGCUGAUGAGCAGGCUCCCCCACCCAACGCCAAGCAAAGCAACCCACCACCCCAGACCCCAACCAGACAUACAUACAGACAACAUACUACGUUUGUUAUAGCUAGUCCAUAGGUGGGCCGUACAGCGGUGUACAACAAGGUCAUCUUUACUUUAUCAGAACAAGACCCAAACGUACGAGCGAGUGUAUUUCCCUGAGCGUAUAACACACGACCCUGCCUACAUGUGUCUUCAUCCCCUCUCAUGUCCUCUGUGAUGAUAUGACCAACAUGUGUGACUUUCUUGGUGACACUAAUCAGGAAGUCUGACAGAUAAAAACCAGGAAACUUCAUUUGCUUGACCUCCUUGGCCCGACCAUGUUGUGUUCUACUCCAUAGUCACAGCAGAUAUCUAGUAGCUGCUGUAGGCCAGCGGUGCUCAGACUUAGCAGUGGCAUGCCCAGAUCUUUUAAAAUGGGGUGGCCCAGAUGAGGCACAACUUUAUGCAUGGGUGGCACCAAUGGUUAUGCUUUUUUGUUUUACCCCAAGCCUUUUGUGGACAAUGAAAAGCCUAUUUAAAGGUAAAUUAAUGUGUUGGCACCUGGGGUGGCCAAUCAGAUUCAAAGGGUGGCAUGUGCUACCCCAGGCCACUCCCUGGACACACCCCUGAGACUUAGUACCACAAAGUUAUCUGCAUACAUCAGAUGAUUUAUGAUAUCACCACCAGCUGCACAGCCAGUCCUACUGGCCUUUAACCUCACUGAUAAGUCAUCCAUGUACAGAUUAAAAAGAAGAGGAGAUAGAACGCCUCCUUGUCUGACUCCAUUACUGACCUUAAAUGGCUCUGAGAUACUCUUACACCAUUUUAUCUGUCACAUUUGUUGACCAUACCAAUAAACCAGGAUGUGUACAAUAUAUCUUAGAACACCUCUUUGCAACAACUUUAUGAAUAGUUUCCUAUGGUUACCUCUAUCAAAUGCCUUGGAUGAAUCUAUGAAGCACACAGAGACUGAGGAGUUCUGGUUUCUGUAUUUGGUUACCGUCUCCUUUAGAGUAUAUGUACACAUGUCUGUACCAAGUAUUUUCCUUUAGAGUAUAUGUACACAUGUCUGUACCAAGUAUUUUCCUUUAGAGUAUACGUACACAUGUCUGUACCAAGUAUUUUCCUUUAGAGUAUAUGUACACAUGUCUGUACCAAGUAUUUUCCUUUAGAGUAUAUGUACACAUGUCUGUACGAAGCCAAUCUGAUUAUCUGUGAUUUUUGGUGUAACAAAUUGAGAAUUACCAGAAAAAUACCCAAACAACAAUAAUAACUAGGUUAGCCAUGUCAGGCUUCGGUUAACACCACACUUCCUCGACGGAGCCGAGCUGUCUGUGAUCUACUGGAUAAAUAAAAGUUGUGUUCUCACCGUAGGAUCACCGUGCACCGUGAGCAACAACUGGAACCAGUAUCUGUGCUGUAAGUAACGCCCCAAGAGUAAAACUGACUAGAAAUGACCAGUUUAACCUGUCUGAGGUUAAGUUAAAGCUAACACCAGGUUAGCUAAAGCGCUAGCUAGCGAUGCAGCACACUGAUGACUGGUUGGAUGGAACAGAUUUUUCAGCAUGCCACGCUUUUCCUAUAAUUUUGGAAAUUAAACUAAAUAAAUUAAUCGCAGUUUUAUUUUCAUUCAGAGUUAAAGUUUUAUACGUGACAUGAAACACUUAGUAGGUGUUAAUAGACAACACUUUUAUGCUAGCUUUGAGAUGCUAGCAUUGUGAUGCUGCCUCGGGAUUUUAAACGUGGCGAAAAUAAAAUGUCCAAUGAUGGAGAUUGCUGGGGCCAUGUCCCCGGUGACCCCGGUCCAAAUGACAACGAUGCUCAGAACUCAAACAUCUGAUCAGAUCCAACAGAACCUCAGGAGGAGUUGUCCUCCACCCUGUUUGGAGAACUUGACCCAAAAAGAUUUGAGAUGUUUAAGAAACAAAAGUCAGAUCCACGUCAUCAUAAGCUGUUUAUUUAAGUGAAACACGCAUUGCUGUAUGUAAAUAUCGAUGUGUUACUGGUUUCAUAUUGUAAUGGUUUAUAUUUGUGGAAUUAAGUCCAUCCUGCUGUGUUAAGCUAACAUCCUGUUUUGGUAUAAAGUGAUUAAGUCUGAAUCAAGAAUAUAAUCUUAUCAUUUUCAUUUGAAGAGAAAUGGUUUCAUCUCUUUUUAAACUUUCCAGCUUUUUAAACUUUAUUUUAUUUAUCAGAUUCUGAGUUUAAAUUUAUUCUGUUUUUUAUACAAAAUUAUGUUUAAUUGGAGACUUUUUGAUAAUUGUAUAAUUACAUAAUAAUAAUGAGCGUAAUUGAGUUUUUUGUAGAAAUUUGAAAACCAGCUUUGAGUUUCAGAUGAUUUUUCAGCUCAGAGCCUGAACAGAUUUUUAAACUGCUGUCAGAUUGAUGUCAACUGGAUUAUAAUCUGUUUAUUAAAGAAGCUUCAAACGUU